AUGCACACAGAGUCAAGAGAAAUGGUCAAGUGUGAGAUAUGUGAUUUCACUUGCACAAAUAAAUGUUCUUUAAAAUAUCACGUGACUAGUGUGCAUACAAAGGACUUUCUGUACAAAUGCCAAAGUUGUAACAAGGGUUACAUGAGUAAGGAGGCACGUGAUUCCCACGAAAAAAUCCAACAUCUGGGCGAACGUUACGUUUGUCAACAUUGUGGAAAAGUUUAUUCGAACAAACCAUGUUUUAGAAAACACUGCAAAAGUCACGAUCCCGACCAUAUCCAGAAAGUUUUUACUUGCCAAGUGUGUUCUGUCGUGUAUCGCUCGUAUUCUGGAUACUCUCGACAUAUGAAGAGACACAAUGGAGAGUUGCCGAGUUAUGUGUGUGAUAUCUGUGGAAAAAGAGUAAACACAGUGGAAAGUUUGAAUUAUCACAAAAAAACGCACACAGGGGAGAGGGAUUAUUUGUGUGGUACUUGCGGCAAGGGUUUUAUCAAACGCCAGGAGCUGCAGGCUCAUACGAGGGUUCAUACGAAGAAAAGUUCGCUUAAUACACACAUGAGAUAUCACACUGGCGACCGACCACAUGGGUGCGAGUUGUGUUCGAAGAAAUUUGUUACUAAUACUUUGUUGAAAGGACAUAAAUGUAAAACGAAGGGUUAA